UGUAUCCCUGCAGUCGGCUCACUCAGACUGAGCUGUUCCGCUACGGAGAAGGAACUGACGAGCCAACGUCUACUUGUUUUCUUUUUUAAUUUAACGCUUGUGUCAGGGUGUAUUAACGCUUUGUUUCUUUGUUUAGGUAAUUGCCUUUCGCGGUCAGCUGUUUGUCCCCACUGUUACUUACAUUGCAGGUUGGAUUUUAGUCUUAAUUUGCCUUCUGAGGGAUUUUAGGGGAGCUAAGGCUAACGACGUUAGCCGAGGGUUUCCUGUUAGCGCUCCGACGCUAACUGCUAACCUGUGCUGAAAUGGCGGCCAACACGGCUCAGCCUACACCUACAACCAACUGGUCCUAUGGCACUGCUGGAGAUGUUCAUGUUCAUGAAAAUCCAGAAUGGGAGAAAGCAAGACAAGCUCUGGCAUCGAUCAACAAGAAUCAGGCGUCUGCUAAGAAUGCACAAGACAGCAGAAACGCAGCAGAGGCGGGCCAGUUCCAGCCGGCAGUCAGCGACUCGGCUGCUAUCCAGCAGCAGCAGCAGCAGUACUAUCCAUGGUACCAGCAAACUCAGCAGCAUUAUCCUGGAUACACAUACCCCUACAACUACUACUACCCCGUAGGACCUUAUGGAACUGCAUACCCACCAAAUCAGUAUGGUGUACCUCCAGGACCAUAUCAAGGAACUCCAACAUCUAAUGGACAGCCUCCCCCUGUGCCUGGAAUGGAAGACCAGACCCCCAACUACUCCCAACCACAGCCCCCCCCACCCGCUACUCCCCAGCCGCCCCAGAGCCCAAACACCUCAGAGAACCCCCCUCCUCCCCCACCCAUCCCCCCACCUCCUAAUUCCCAGUAUGCCCCGCCUACUUCGCAGAACUCGUACAGUACCAACAGUAGCAUGUCAUACCCACCCAGUGACCCAAACCAAAUGCAAGUGUACAAUCACUCCCAGGGAAGGCCCAGCUACGGCCAGAGUUUCCAGGCCCCCAACACCUACCAGCCAUCCCAGAAUAAUUCCCAGCAGCAGCAGCAGCAACUGCAGAGUCAGUACUCACCUGGGCCGGGCCGGGGAGAGGCGAACAAAAACCAAAAACAAGGACAGCAACUCUGGCACCGCAUGAAACAGGCACCGGGGACCGCCCCUGUUAAAUUUAAUAUUUCCAAGAGGCCCUAUCAGGUUCAGUGUUCCCCCGUCCCCGGUCAGCCUUUCCAGCAGGGUGAACAGUCCACCGGGUUGAAUCAGACGCCUUCCUCGCCGGUUACUGCCAGCACCGCCGCAGGAGCUGCCCAGACGCGGCCCCAGGAUUGGCCCCAAGCGAUGAAAGAGUACGUGCAGCGCUGCUUCACCGCCUGCGAAACCGAGGAAGACAAGGAUCGUACGGAGAAGGUGCUGAAGGAGGUCCUCCAGGAGCGGCUGAAGGACGGCUCGGCUUACACGAUCGACUGGACCCGUGAGCCGCUGCCAGAGUUAAAGGUCAAGCAGUCUCGUUGGGAAGCCGUUCAGCCCCAGAGGACGUCGGACAGCUCCAUGAUCCGCGGCGGGAGCACAGUGGGGGCUGUUUCACGGGGCAGAGGAAUCGGCCACAGGCUGGGGAACUACAGGAACAUCUUCUCCCAGCGGAGCCCGUCGUCUAGUUCGUCGCGGUCCUCCUCCCGCUCGCCGUCGCCUUCGCACGGCCGACACAGAGACCGAAGCAACCAAAGACACAGACGCAGUGAUUCUGGCUCCCAGUCAGACAGCAGCAUAUCCAGUGACCUGCAGCUUCAGCUGUCCAGACGAGGACAGAAAGGAGGACGCGGUCGUGGCAAUGACAGGGAGAGAGGCCGCGGGGAGAGAGGCCGAGGAAGAGGAAAGGCCAACAGAGGAAGACGAAACAUGGACGAUUCGAAUUCUAAUGUUGGGAAAAAGAGGAAAGGGGGCAACGCCGGCAUGGAUUUCCACGACCCGAACAGGGAAGCUAAGAAGCAAAGCAGAGCGGCUCGUUUCCAAAGGCAGCUCCGCUCCGAGCCGCUGGUCCUCUCCAUCAAUUCUCUGGAUCUCCCCGAUGGAACCCAGGAAGGCCUCAGCUGGGAGGACUGUCCCAUCGUGGGCUCAUGCCAGGACAUCACCAAGUCCUACCUGAGGCUCACCUGUGCCCCCGACCCUUCCACUGUCCGCCCCGUCCAGGUGCUUAGAAAGUCCUUGCAGGCGGUUAAGGCCCACUGGAAAGCUAAUCAGGACUACGCUUACGCAUGUGAGCAGAUGAAGUCCAUACGACAGGACCUCACGGUUCAAGGAGUUCGGACAGACUUCACGGUGGAAGUGUAUGAGUGCCACGCUCGCAUUGCCCUGGAAAAAGGAGACCAUGAGGAGUUCAACCAGUGCCAGACUCAACUGAAGGCCUUGUACAAGGACAACCCCUCAGAGAAUAUUGGAGAGUUUACAGCUUAUAGACUGUUGUACUACAUCUUUACUAAAAACUCUGGAGAUCAGAUCACUGAGCUGGUGUACUUGACGCCGGCCCUGCGGGCAGACGCGUGUGUGGCUCACGCUCUAGCGCUGCGUGCUGCCUGGGCGUUGGGCAACUACCAGCGUUUCUUUAAGCUCUACCGGGAAGCCCCGCGCAUGGCUUCAUAUCUCAUUGACAAGUUUGUAGACAGAGAAAGAAAGCUGGCACUGCGGGCCAUAGUCAAAACAUUCAGACCCGACCUUCCUGUCCAAUAUGUGCAGAAAACUCUGGGCUUUCCAUGUUUAGACUCCUGUAUGGCCUUUUUAAUUGGUUUAGGUGUUACAUUUGCCCCUUCUGACCCCCAAAAGAUAGACUGCAAAGCUAGCACAGCCUGUCUGGCUGCUUCUUGAGGGAGGGGGGGUGGUGGGGUAACCUUGUUGAGAGAGAGAUAGAGGGAUCACAGAUCCUUACUUUCAUUGCACUGCCCUUCAGACACCUCCAAUAGUUUAGAAGCAGGCAGUGAUAGCCAUAUAGAUUUGCACCAGUACACUCAGUCAUUAGACCUCAUAUCAACAGAUGAUCUUGUCUUACACUGAGAAAACAGCUGAAUAACAAUUCAAGUACGUCUAAACUCACUUUUAAAGUGGCCGAACCAGAGAGGGAACAGUUUUAUAAGUAAUCUCAGCUCUGACUAUUCACAUCUAGACCAGGGAGCUCAGCCUCGUGGAUCCUUUCCCCUCACCCCUCACAGAUUUUAGUGCUAACAGUGUUCUGUUAUGUUUUUUCCUUCCUCAAGUCAACAGCUGAAAGACUCGAAGAUCCAAGUCUCAAACGGCUGCUCCCCAUCAAGUCGUUCGCCGCGCUCUCAAGCCUGCAGGGCGGCAUUGGUGCGACCGGUUGCCCUUAAGAGACUGAGGAGAUGACCCUCGUUUCCCAGGAGGGAAAGGUGGUGGUUUGUAUGUCCCGCCAGGCAUCCCCCCUGCCCGCUGGUGGCGCCGUCUACCUGAAAGAAACGGACUGAGGCGUGAUUCGCCGUUCCAGUAUUCUUCCUCCGAGCUGUUAGAAAACGCCGGCACAGCAAAGAAGUCCCAUCUUGAGAAGCACUGACUUUUUAUGCCAAGCGUUCUUCGUCAAGAGCAAAGUUUCUAGAAGUGGAUCCGCCCAGAGGAUGAGGUCCCGCCUCCGUCGGCUUCAGGUAAAAGGUCCGACCGGCGUCCAGGAGCCGCCGCGUCUCCGUCCUGCCGGACCGCACGGAUGGGGCUCUUCGUCGUCCGUCGGGGUCGUCAGCAGCCAUCGCUCUGCGGAAACGCCGCCAUGGAGAAUCCGCUUUAAAGGAUGGGCUCACUGGGCCGUGGUGGAGAACCGACUGGUUUGUAUGCUACACGGUGUCUGCAGCGCUGGUAAGAAAGGAACUUCUGGAAGGAGAUGGAUGGUGGCGCAGCGGAGGCAUCUUCGCUCUUUGGAGCCGUUUUUGUUUUUCCUCUUUUUUUUUUUUUUUUUUUUGGACAACAGUGUUUCACAGAAUGGCAAAAUAAUUAUGAAAUGUAUCCAAGUUUGAGUAAAAAAAAUUACAGGUAAUUUUUUAUUUUUUUUUUGGCUCAGCAGGGUCCCGGAAAUUUAGUCGUCAGAAAUAAACAAAAAGGUGGAUCUGCUGAGAUUGCAGAUUUUUUUUUUUUUUUUUUUUUUGCAGCACAUAUGCACUCUACGCCAAAAAAGUUUUAAACUAAUUUAAUUGAAGGGUUCAGCGAUCUGAGUGCAGAUCCGUGCUAUUGCAAAUUCCUGUUGUUUCUAUCACCUUUGUAAAAUAAAAACUGCAGUUAUUUAAAGUACAGAAACUUGGACUGUAAAUGGAAGAGCUGUCUCACUGUGGAAGUAUUUCAGUUUGUCAUGAUAUGUUCGCAAUAUUUAGGAAACAACGUUUUACCACCAUCAAUACGACGAGCUAGUCCUGCUGAUUGCGUACUUUAAAGGUAGAAUUAAUCUAAAUUGUAGUAAAUUGCCCAAAAGCCAUAGAAACUGAUGUUUUUUUUGCUGCUCGUCACGUUAUUGUGAAGAUCAUCUUACCUUGCUGAGAUUUAAACUCCAGGUGGAUGUUCUCCUCAUUGGGACACUUGAUCUCAGUAGUAUUGAUUAUUAUCAGGGCAGAUGUUGACCUCAGUGUAUUAGACUUGUAUUUGAAUACAGAAGGAGUAGAUGCAGGCUUGUUGUACAAGCUAAAUAUUGUAAUUAUUGUAUCAUAUUUGGAUUUUUUUUUUCUCCCCCGUUUUGAUGGUGCAUAUUUUUUUGUUGUUUACACCUGGGUAAGUUUAAGAUCUCCUUUAUUUUCAUAUGAUUUAAGCAACCUAAUUUCAGAUGUUUAUGGGAGGCUUGGACUGCGUGUUGUGUGGAUUUUUUUUUUGUUUUUUUUUGUUUUGUUUACCGUGUCUAGUGGAUUAGAGAGAUCUGAUGAGACGGCCUGAUAGCUUUUCGUCGGACCGUUUCAUCAGAUCGUUUCUAAGAUGUGAUGCCAGGGUUUCAGAACAUGUAGGAAAAUGUGACUCAGCUUCACAUUUUAAAGCUUUCACAGCAGAUCGGUAACCACAGAGACCGUUCUUGUGUCUUCAGAUCAGUAAUAUGACCAGAUGCUUUUGACAACUAUUUCAACUUGUCUUUUCUUUCCCCCUUCAUUCACCCUGCCCUCUGACUCCCCCCACCACCACCUCCCCUCCCCCUCCCGAACCUCUUUCCCCACACACCACCACGUCUCUCGUUCUUCAGCUCAUAGCACUGCUGCAUUGCAGGAGCACACGGAGUGGAAAAAGUGGGUGAAGCUCCACCAGAAGGCUGCCUGAGAGAAGUGAGGAAGUCCUGAGUUGACCUGCUCACACUGCAGCCAUGCAGCUGGUUAAAUGCACAGGAGCUCCUCGCAGUGAAAUGUGCUAAACGUCCUACUGCUCAUGUGAUUUUUUUAUGCUGCUAAUCCAAAUAUUUAAGAUGCUGGUUUAAAGUGUUGAAAUCGAUGCUCUGUUAAUGACUGUUGAUUUCUGUUUGUCCAGGUGCAUUUACUGUUUUUCUAAUCUGCAUAAACGUGCUGGUUUGGUUUUCUUUUUUUUUUUCUUUUUUUCUUUCUUUUAUAUUCUAAGAUUAACAGACUUUAAGUUUAUUUAAGAUUGAUUCCUCACAAAAAAAUGUGUCUGGACAUGCAGAACAUUUUGAUUUGCCAUAUAUUCAUUUUUUACAGUCUACAUUGUUUAGGUUUAUGAAAUGUGCUCAUAGGAUAAGAGACGACCUCCACAUGUUAAUGACAUUGAUCUUUAUUGUAAAGUUUCUGCACAGGUUUAAAUUGUGCACACCUCAGGCUCAAUUUAAAGAAUUCACCCCUAGAUGACUAACUGAACACGUUUUUCCUUUAUUUAUUUAUUUUCUCCGUUUAGUCAUGUUCAUGUUUUCAUUUUAUUUCAUGUUUUUGCUCCUGUCCCGUAUUCAUUAAGUCUUCAAAACUCCCCUCUUGACCCUUGACACUACGUUUUCUCCUUUCCCUUUUGCUUUUUCCAUUUCCUGCUACUUCUUCCCUGCUGCUCUGUUCAUAUAUUUUUCUCUUAUUCUCACCACCUGCAUGAAACUCUCUCCUCACCGAACAUCUAACCAGGAUUUCUCUUUUCAUUCUUCUCCUUUUUAUGUCAAAUUGUUUGUGAGCAUUUUUUUGUGUGCAACUUGUCACCCUGACUAGUAAGUAUUGUAUUUACAUCUGCAGUGCUUUAAUAGUUUGUGUUGCAGCACACUAACAAGCUGAAGGUUUAUCUGCAAAGCCCCCCUCUCCCCGUUUCUCCACUCCUAUACAGAUCUGAGAGCGUUGCCAUUUUUGUACAUACUGUGUAAAUACUUUUUGAAAUAAAAUUCAAGAAUAAACAGCAUCGGUUCUGUUUUGUGUAUUUUUAUUUAUUUUAUUGAGCACUUAUUGAACUGGUGGACAAGUAAACCAUAAAGGAGAGAUGCUUCGUCACAUUUAUUGACUGGAGGACCUGAGACAAAUGCGACCAGAGUUUGCUGAAGGUUGUCAUUUCCUUACAUUGGUUUAAAACAUUAAUUUUAAGAAAUGCAUACAAUGGUAUUGGUAUUACAAGAAAGUAAAGAAACAAAAACAUCAUACUUUAAAAAAAAAAAAAAACAGCAAAUGGGAGAGAAUGCCUUCAGGUCUGAAAUGCAUUCAAAAUUACAGCCGAUAAUCUUAACAUUUUGCAUUAAUGAACUAAUAUUUAGCAGGUGCAAACGGAUGUAGAACCUAUAGAAAAUCAAAGAAAAGGUUUUAAGUCGAUGUGGAAAAUGAGUAAAAUGGUGUAGUUUUGAGUUCAACUUAAAAUAUGCUACAAGAUUCACAACAUUUUUCAGACUUUUGUAUUCUGUUUAAAGUGGAAUGUCUGGUAACUGGAAACAAAUCAAGGAUAAAGAAAACCAUAACGAAUUAGAUGUAAAAAAUAAAUAAAUGGAACAGAAUAAGCUGUCCCAUAGAGAGCAUGUUUGUUUACAUAAAGUCAGAAAAAGAGGAAAGCGCAAAAGAAGACAGGCAAGCAGUAAAAUAUCAGCACAGGAAGUGAAAAAGUCAUAAAGGUCACCUGUUAGGAGUAAGAAAAGGGUAAUAUCUACAGUAAAACAAUGACUACUAAAGUAGUUUUUAUGCUUAGAAAGAGCAAGAAUGCGUAUAAGACAAAGGCAAAAAUCUAUAUAAUGUAUGUAGAAUAG